CCAGGCCACUUGGGCUGACCUUGCGGCAUGAGGGAGGGCAGAAAUGCUGGCAAAGGCCCGUGCCCACUGGCACUGAAAACAGGCUCCAGGCCGAAGCUAUGAGUCUGCAGGCCUUCACAUACCCGCUCCCGGAGACGCGGUUCCUCCACGCCGGCACCAGCUUGUACAAGUUCAAGAUCAGAUACGGCAGCAGUGUCAGAGGGGAAGAGAUAGCGGAUAAGAAAGUUGUCAGCCAGGAGCUGGAGGACUCCAUUCGGGCCGUCUUGGGGAACCUGGACAAUUUGCAGCCAUUUACCACUGACCACUUCAUCAUAUUUCCCUAUAAGAGCAAAUGGGAGCGGGUGUCGCACCUGAGAUUCAAGCACGGGGCGGCUUUCCUGGAGCCCUACCCUUUUGUCUGCACCCUCUAUGUGGAGAUGAAGUGGGCCCCGGCCGGGACCUCUGGAGGAGACAAUGACUUCCCAGAAAUGCCUGACGCUCCAUCAGCUGACUGCCCACCCGCUCUGGGGCAAGGAGAAUCCCAAGGGUCUGGUUCCUAUCUGAAGGGUCACAACGAGGAAGCAGAAGUGAGAACUGUGGCAGCGAAGAGGAGAAGACUGGAAGGUGGCAAGUUCCCUCCAGGACGGGAACAGGGCAGGGCUACGAUGGGAACUUCCCGCAGGAAGAAGCCUUCGGCUCAGACCAGAAGGAACUGGCCUGGAGAACCUGCCUCAGAAGAGGAAGAGACUGAGGACUUUGACACUGCUUUCCUCAAGGAACGUGGUGCCUUGGCAGGGUCGGGGUCUAGCCUGGGAGACCCCAAGGGACACCCUCCACAGACGAGCGGCCUGUCUUCUCCCGAGGGGCCCCCCAAGCCAAAACCUGCUGGAUUUUGGGGCUUUCUAAGCUCCCUCCUCCCAUUCCGGCUCUUCGGCUGGAGGGGCCACCAGUGAGCCUGGCAGAGGACCGCAGCAGAGGGAGAGACUGCCUGGUCCCGAGUGACCCUCGGCCGGCCAGAGAGGCGUCCACAGAGGCCAGGAAGGCCCAGGCCCGGCCAGGGCUCUUCUUUGUUCCUGUGUCAGCGGCUGGGGGGAAAAUGAAGGUGUUUCUUCCA